GAGUGUGUGUGUGAGUGUUUUCGCUCGGCGGUGAGUUUACGGCAGACGCUGGUGGGUUUGUGGUUCAGACUCGGAUCUGAAGUCUUCGUGGAUCAGACCAGAACACGAACUGACAGACAGAAACGCAAUGCUCUGAAUGAACAAUCUCUCGGCUCUAAAAGGAGAAGGUGACUGAAACCACUGCUCUCUCCUCAAAGUCAAACAACAAGCAGCUUCUCUCCCAUAUCUACGAUGUCGACCAUCGAGGGUGGCGACAUGCCAGCCUUCAGCUCGGAGCUGCCAGCCAUGCUCGAUGGUAUGAAGCUGGCUGCGGUGGCAACAGUCCUGUACAUCAUCGUGCGCUGUCUGAACCUGAAGAGUACCACGGCUCCACCAGAGGUUGUUUACCAGGACACACCACUCAGCCACUACCUCUUCAAAUCCUGCCCGAUGCUGACUAAAGAAUACAUUCCUCCCUUGCUGUGGGGGAAGAGUGGUCAUCUCCAGACGGCCCUGUAUGGCAAGAUGGGACGUGUCAACACUCCAACACCAUAUGGUGUACGCAAAUUCCUCCCUAUGCAGGAUGGUGCCACAGCAACCUUUGACCUCUUUGAAGCCCUUGGAGACCACAGCUCAGGAGAUGACAUUACCAUGGUAAUCUGCCCUGGGAUUGGUAACCAUAGCGAGAAGAACUACAUUCGGACCUUUGUGGAUUACUCCCAGCGGCAGGGUUACCGCUGUGCUGUCCUCAACCACCUGGGAGCCCUGCCCGACCUGGAGCUCACAUCCCCACGCAUGUUCACCUAUGGUUGUACCUGGGAGUUUGCGGCCAUGGUGAGUUUCAUCAAACGGACCUUUCCUCAAACACAUCUGGUGGUUGUGGGCUUCAGUCUUGGGGGGAAUCUUGUCUGCAAGUUCCUUGGUGAGAACCAAUCGAACCAGGAGCGCGUGCUGUGCUGCAUCAGCGUCUGUCAGGGCUACAACGCCCUCAGGGCUCAAGAAACAUUCUUCCAGUGGGACCAGUGUCGGAGACUCUACAACUUUGUGUUGGCGGGCAACAUGAAGAAGCUCAUCCUGUCACACAGGAGCAGUUUGCUGAGCCUGAGCUCCAGCAGCAUUGGAGAUGCAGACCUAAGUAAACUGCUUGCAGCCACCUCUCUGAUGCAGAUUGACGACAGCAUCAUGAGAAAAUUCCACGGCUACAGCUCGUUGAAGGAGUACUACGAGGAGGAGAGCUGUGUCCAUUAUAUCCACAAUGUCACUGUGCCACUGCUGCUGGUAAACUCCUCAGACGACCCUCUCAUCCAUCAGUCACUUCUGGCUAUCCCACGCACACUCGCAGUGAAGAUGCCCAAUGUGAUAUUCGCCCUGACCCAACAUGGAGGUCACCUGGGCUUCUUCGAAGGAGCUGUGCUGUUCCCUCAACCCCUCACCUGGAUGGACAAGUUCAUAGUCGAGUACACCAACGCCAUCUGCCACUGGGAGAAGAACAAGCCAAUGUGUCAGAGGAGCAGCGGCCACCAGGACAUGAACUCGUGCCCGCAGUGUACAAGGGUAACACACACCGUGCCUACAGUACACACCCGGAGAGAAGAACAAUAGAGCAAAACCUUAAAACACGCACAAAUAAAUACCCUUUGAAUUUGUUCUGCUUUGGUACUAAUGGCCAUACAAUGAAAGGAAGUCAUUCUGAAAAAUGUAUGGAACCACUAGAUGGAUUAGACAAAGGAAGGUGAGGGAAGGGGUUGAAAAUGACAACUUACAGUUAUAAUUAACAUGUGAGUGUGACGUGACUUCCUGCUGAGAUGUUCUUCUCACCUCAGUUUACCCUCUGCUGGCUUGUAGAAGUUGUUGCCUCUUAUAUCCAAACAGCCGGAUGAAGUCGUUCACAUGGAGGGGUUCUUCACAGAGUCUGUGAUCUUUGACCUCUGUGUUGAGAGAAUAACAUUAAUAUUGGGGGAAAAAAAAAAAUUGCUUAAACUAAUACUUAACUUACAUAAACUUGAUAAAACUUGAUAAUUAACCGGUUUAAAGCCUUAAAAUCUUAAUAAUAUUAAUAUAUAAAUUAACGUGAUUUGUAAUCGGAUUAUGGUUUUCUAAUUCUAGAUAAAAAAAAAUGUUUUUAACUUGCUUGAGUUAACAACCAUAUUAAGUGCCUUGCUAUAAAUGUGAGUCAGAUUUAAGUUUGAGCUCGUCUAAUAAUCGAAUAAUUGAACUGCUCGUGACGAGCUGCAGCAGCUCAUCAUGAUACAUUGUUUACAAUGGUGGAUUCCAGCUGUGUAAGACUCAGACUCAACAUCACAUCUGCUGUGUUCUAACUUGUGUUUGUGAGUCUCUUAAACUUAAUUAUAAAUGUUCGCUGAUAUGAAAUAGUUUGUUUCUACUGAAAGUAUUUAAUUACGGCAAAUGACUUGAUUUGUUUGUUAUGUUCUGAGGGUUAAUUUUGACACCCCUGGUUUUCACGUUGCAUUUCCGUUGUGUUCACCGGAUCACCAGCCUCCAUUCUUGCUGCUGACCUUCAAAAUAAAAGCCUCAGGUCACGUCGAGGGGUUUAUGAAGCGUUUAAAAGUUACAAGAACAAAUGUUGUUGCUUUUUUAAAAAAACUUUCCAUUGAAAAUAUGGGCACUUUAAACAAAUUAGCCUUAACAUUACUGUCACUCAAAAGAAAACAGUAGUGUACACCAGCAGCUGUGACAUCCUGCCAUAGGAUGGUUGAAAGAAAUGUCCUAAAAGCUGCUGCUUUAUAUGGAUUAUUAUCACACAAACAUUUUUACUCAACACAUCCACAAACAAGAGCAAGAGAUUUGUCUUAAAAUACUCUAGCCAGAGGUACAGGUAGUACGACAUAAAGGAAAGAUGAGACUAGUAUAGCUGGGAUGUAAACAGUUUAGUGCAGGGGUCUCAAACUCAAAUGACCUGAGCAUCUCGUCAAGUCAAAAUCAAACUGUUCAAUAGGGGUGGGCGAUAUGAUCUUAAAAUUAUACAAACAAUAUUCCAUCAUCAUAUUGCAAUAAAAAUAUUUGUGACCAUAGUUAACAGAAUUUCAAAAUAAAAAGCGCAACGACAUACAAUACAAACAUAUUUAUGGUGCAAAAUUAAUCUAUUAAUAAAAAAACAUACAUAAAUAACUCAUUGUAACUUGACAUUGUUUGGAGGGCCAUGAAAAUGACUGCAGGGCAGCAUGUGGCCCGCGCGCCACAAGUUUGAGACCUCUGGUUUAGUGCAUAAAAAUGAGAAAUCACUUUCAGUGAAUGCACUCACCAAGCAUUUGGACCAAAGCACUUUUCACUUUAUAAAAAUUGGCAGCUCAGUUUGGUUAUUAUUAUUAUUAUUUUUCUUUUUUUCUUUAAUGUUUCUGAUUCAUUUUAUCCACAGAGCACAGACACAUAAUCUUACCGUAGCAGCAUGUGCUAGUAAAGUGAGACGGCUGUACACACCAUGGAGUGAAACUAAAAACACAAAUAAGCACCCACAAAAGUCAAUUCUACUGCUCACUAACCUGGUUCGACAGGAUAAAUACUUGUCGCUCCCUGUGCAGCCGGUGUUACACACACAAAUGCUUCCUCAGUCAGGUCUGAUAGUCUUGCUUGACAGAGCGUGUUUUCAGAUAAAGGACGCAGCAAACCAAACAAAGACAGAACAACAAAUUAAAAAAAAAAAAUCAUCAGAAGUUACGCACUGCAGCUUUAAAUAAAGAUGAAUUGCUUAUUAUCAUGAAGCCGCUUACUGCUACACGCAACAUGGGUUAUUAUUAUAUACAAUUGAACCUUUUUCCUUUCUUUAAGACGUUUUUUUUUUAAUUGUCCGCAAAAUGCUGACAAAAUGCAAAAAUGUUCUGCUAUUUCUCUAUAAUCUCUGAAAAAAUGAAUUGCGAGUGAGGAGCAAAUUACCUAUUUCAGAAACACUUCUGUUGUUGUGAAUGCAUCUGACUCAGACAAUCAAUUGAGGUGCCCUCUUAUUCAUGUAACUCUGAACUCUGGGAAAUUUUUAUCCCAAUUUGACUUUCUUUUACUCAAGUUCAUGUCUUAAAACAGCUUUGAAAACCCAGAAAACUACCACACAGAAUUUACUUUGGUGUCUUAUGAUGCAGUACUGAGCAGAUUUGACCUGCUGGAAUUCUUUUCUUUUUCGUUUCUUGUGGUAUAUUGUGACCUUUGUAACUCUGACAAGUGCCUACAGUGUGUCUGUUACUGAACCGUAUCCGACUGUCAACAGCACCACUGCUCAACCUGAAUGUGCAAUAAUGUCCUGACCGACUGCUUUGUUUGCACUUUACUGUCUGUCCAGCGCUGUUAUACUGUAUGAGAACUAAAUUAGCUUUGGCGUAUGGGUGUAACAUUUAUGAUAUAAUCACGGUGUGUUCUCCUGUCACGUGGUCUCCAGCCUUGAAUGAUAGUCAUAUUUGAAUUCACCUGAAUAAAUUUGUUUUCACAUUUGUUUAUUUUAAA